UUCAGUAGAAGAUUCUUUUUUAUCGGCGUCCAAAAAAUCCGAAAUUCCGGCAUCCAGUUCCGUCAAAUUUCAUUCAAUGAAGUCAGAAUCCCCCGUCGUUGAUAGAACCUCCGUCACCUUGAGGCUACAGCCCCCGCCUCCGCAAUCUCAGCCGUCCAAAAUCAUUUUGGCUGACCUCAACGUUGAUCCUCCUGAUUCCGACGGCAAUGAUUAUGUACCCGUCGCUGCUGUGUCUCCUACAAGUUUCUCCAGCCAUGUAAAGGAGUCCUUAUACCGGCAGAGGGUAAUAGCUGAUGAAAUAUUUCAGGAUAAGUUGAAAAAAGACAUAGAGGUUGCAGACACAGAAGAGCCUGAUCAUAAUGUUCAAGGUGUACCUUCGUCUCGGGAAGAAAAAGUUAGCAGCCUUAAAACUGGCUUGAUACACGUUGCACGAAAAAUGCCAAAGAACGCACAUUCUCAUUUUGUACUUGGCUUGAUGUAUCAAAGGAUGGGUCAGCCUCAAAAGGCAAUUCUGGCAUAUGAGAAAGCGGAAGAAAUUUUAGUUCGCCCUGAGGAAGAAAUAGAUCGGCCAGAGUUGCUUUCAUUAGUCCAGGUUCAUCGUGCACAGUGUAUUCUGCUUGGAACGUUGGAAGAUUGCAGUUCAGAUGAGGAAUUAGACCCUGAAGAGCUUGAAAAUAUUCUAGCUAAACUUAAGGAGGCUGUGAAAUCUGAUGUUACGCAGGUGUCUAUUUGGAAUGCUCUUGGCAUAAUACUUCUUAGAACUGGUCGUUUGCAGAGUGCUAUAUCAGUUUUCUCAACUUUGUUGGACAUAUCCCCAGACAACCUGGAUUGCCUUGGUAAUCUUGGAAUUGCUUGUCUCCGGAGUGGGAAUCUAGAGCUUUCAGAAAAGUGCUUCCAAGAUCUGCUUCUAAAAGAUCAGAACCAUCCUACUGCUUUAAUCAAUUAUGCUGCCCUUCUCUUAUAUAAAUUUGGUUCAGUAGUUGCAGUUUCAGGUGCGGGGGCAAAUGCUCUUGAUAGAACAACUGCAGAUCAAGUCAUUGCAGCCAAUGUGGCCAGAGAAUGUUUACUAGCAGCUUUAAAAGCGGACUCAAAAGCUGCUCACACUUGGACAAAUCUAGCUAAUGCUUAUUACUUGAUGGGUGAUCAUAGGAGCUCUGCCAAAUGCUUGGAAAAGGCAGGAAAAAUCGAGCCUAAUUGCUUAGCAACAAGAUAUGCGGUUGGAGUUCACCGCAUCAGGGAUGCAGAGAGGUCCCAGAAUCCCAAUGAGCAGCUCUCAUGGGCUGGGAAUGAAAUGGCCUCGAUACUAAGAGAAGGAGAUUCUACUUCAAUAGAGUCUCCAAUAGCAUGGGCUGGUCUUGCCAUGGUCCACAGGGCCCAACACGAAAUUGUGGCAGGAUUUGAAAUAGAGCAUAAUGAAUUGGUGGAAGUCAAGGAGCAUGCAAUCUACAGUCUAAAGCAAGCAAUAGCUGAAGAUCCUGCCGAUGCUGUUCAAUGGCAUCAACUUGGCCUUCAUAGUCUUUGUUCCCAACAAUUUAGGACGUCUCAAAAGUACCUCAAGGCUGCAGUUGCACGUCGUAAGGACUGCACGUAUGCCUGGUCAAAUCUUGGUAUUUCACUGCAACUGUCCGAGGAGUCUUCUCCAGCUGAAGAGGUUUAUAUACAGGCCUUGUCACUAGCUACAUCAAAACAAGCGCACACAAUAUUUUCAAACCUUGGGAACCUCUAUCGGCAGAUAAAACAGUAUGAACGUGCAAAGGCAAUGUUCACCAAAUCACUUGAACUGCAGCCUGGGUAUGCACCAGCUUUAAACAAUUUAGGUCUUGUAUGUGUUGCUGAAGGAAAAUGGGAAGAAGCCAAGAACUGUUUCAACAAGGCGAUCCAGGCAGAUCCACUGCUUGAUGCUGCUAAAUCCAACAUGUAUAAAGCUUCUAGCAUGUUCAAGAUGCAUACCAGCAUGUCAUGAUGUCUCUGAUUCAUUGUAUGAUAAUUUGCCCCCCUGUAAUUAUUUUGUACUGGGAAUUAUCAGCCAAAAGAAAAGGGAAAGAAAAAGAGGAGUAGAGAAUUGCAGAUUUUGAGAUUUAGAUAUCUCAGCUUUUUGGACUUCAGUUUGGAUAACUUAGCUCCUUCUGCAGUGUUAGCAAAGUAGAGGUUUCUUUCUUUAAACUUAUGUCUCCAGCUAUUUCAUUUCCACAUGACUGUACCUCCUGCGAUAGGUGUGACUAGCGCACCAGCGGUGGUCUCUGUUGAAUUUAAAAUUAAUAGGGAAAUUGAAAUUUUAGUCCCAGGAAUCCUUGUUGAGGUUGAUACAGGCACUUGUAAAUAAUUUAAAUUGCCUUUCA